GCUGGAGCUCGGCCGCCGUUCGCACCACGCGAGGCCACCGCGCGCGCGCGCCGCACCCACCCCCUGCUCGCGUCCCCGUCGGCUCGCCCUCCCGCACCCUCUCGCACACCCUCCGACGGCGACAUGGCCAGGGUGCCGUUGGCCCUCACCAAGGACGAGCCGGGCUAGGCCGCCCCCGCCCGACUAUGGCCGCCGCCAGCCGGUGGUGACCCCCGGGGGGGCCCCAGCAGCCGACCACAACAACGGACCCAGCGAAGCGACACCAACGACGUCGCAAAAUAAAACCGGCGGGACUUUGUCUCGUUUUCAAAUUGCGUACUAAGACCUCGGGCGUAGAAAAAGUGAAAGUGUGCGCUGCGUUUGCGCGUUGUGCUUCAAGAUAGAACCACACCGGGCCAAAUAGUUCUGUGAUAAUGCCAGCGGAGUCGGCCUACACGAACGGGGUGGACGACACUUACGCAAAAGUAUUCGACCUGGACGCCAUCACAGGCUACGGGAAUGUCGAAUUUGUGCCGGUCGUCGUCGGCGUGGCCGGGGUGCUGGCCGUCAUCGCGGGCGUCAUCCUGUACCUGAACAAGCGCUGGUGCCUGACGGGCAUCAACAGCCUCAACUGCUGCGAUGAGACGUGGGGCAUCCGCCUGGCCCCGCGCCCGCGCAAGACCGACCUGGGGCGCGGCUUCUCCUUCGAGGAGGCCGGCAGCAGCUCCGACAGCGACGAGGAUGGGCGGCGGCGCCGACUCGAGGCCGAGCUGCAGGUGACCGGCCCGUCGGCGUCCGGGAGCCACGGCCACGGCGGCGCCCUGGGCCCGGGCGGCGGACAGCCCGCCGGCCGCACCGAGUUCGCCUUCCACCGUCAGCUGCAGGCCCACUACGGCCAGACCACCCACAUACAAAUCCCCUCCCGUUCGGGAAGCAUAGGCAACGCGGGCAUGGCCGGCCACGGCCUGGGGGGCCGUCACUUUUCCUACCCUUACCCGGAGCCGGGUCCCCACGGCGCCCACGGCCCCCCGGGCCCCCACGACCCCCACGGGCCGCACACCUACCCGCCGCACACGGACCUCAUGUCCAUGGCGGAGCGCGGGUGCCUGGGGCUGGCCGCCUCGUCCAACGGCUCGACGAGCUCGGGCUCCACGAGCUGCAGCGAAGAGGACAAGAUGCUCCGCCACCGCGAGGGUCGCGGCCACCACCAGCACCACACGCCUGUGGUCAACUUCGCGGGUGGCAACGCCAGCACCAGCAUCUGGCCAGGAUAUCCGCCGAGAUAUGCGCACCGGAAGAUGGAGCCGCCGCUGGAGGUGGUUCCGGAACCGACGAGGGACCAGUGUGGGAGUCAGGACUGCAUCGUCAUGAUGAACCAGGAGGACGGCGCCGCCUCCGACAUCCAAAGCGUGCAGAGCGCGGGCACGGCGGGCUCGGCCGGGGGGCGGCUGGCGGCGGCGGCCCGGAGCGCCGGGGGCGGCGCCGCGGCUGCGCCCAUCUGCGCCUGCGGCCAGCUGGAGGUGGCCUUCGCCUACGACGCGCCCAUGCGCAACAUGACCAUCCACCUGCUGCAGGCGCGCGACAUCCCGGCCAAGGACCGGGGCGGCUCGACGCACACGCAGGUGCGCCUGCUGCUGCUGCCGGCCAAGAAGCAGAAGUGCAAGAGCAAGGUGCGGCACGGCGACCAGCCGCAGUUCAUGGAGUCGUUCCUCCUGAACCGCAUCAACCCCGAGGACGUCAACAGCAUGGGGGUGCGCUUCCGGCUGUACGGAUGCGAGCGCAUGCGGCGGGAGCGUCUCAUCGGCGAGUGCGUCGUGAGCUUCGCCGCCAUCAACCUCGAGGCCGAGACCAACGUGUGGCUCAACCUGGAGCCGCGGGCCAACACGGCGCUCAAGACGUCGGCCUCGGACCUGCUGUCGCUGGCGCGGAGCGACUCGACGGGCUCCAGCCAGUCCAUGCAGCACGGCGGCGUGCCCGAGCUGCUCCUGGGGCUGGCCUACAACGGCACGACGGGCCGGCUGAGCGUGGAGCUCGUCAAGGGGAGCCACUUCCGGAACCUGGCCAUGACGCGCGCGCCGGACACGUUCGUGCGCCUGAGGCUCGCCAGCAGCUCCGGCCAGGAGAUCGCCCGCGCCAAGUCUUCGGUGCGCAGGGGCCAGCCCAACCCGCUCUUCAAGGAGACCUUCAUCUUCCAGGUGGCCCUGUUCCAGCUGCCCGACGUGACGCUGCUCGUGUCGGUGUACAACAAGCGCAGCAUGAAGAAGAAGGAGGCCAUCGGCUGGUUCGCGCUGGGCGCCAAGUCGUCGGGCGAGGAGGAGGCGGCGCACUGGAACGACAUGUGCGAGGUGCGCGGCGAGCAGAUCUGCCGCUGGCACGUCCUGCUGGACGCCUAGGCGGGGAGGGAGGGCCUCCGGGAGGACUCUGUAACGACGCGCACAAACUGAGCUUCACGCCGCGGCAGCCGCGGCCCGCGCCUGUAUUGACUGCUCCCGCUCCCGUGGGUACGUUGUUGGUUGUUGUCGCUACGUGGCACGUGGGUUGUGGGCGGCAGGUGAAACGUGAUGACUUUUGUUCUAGGUUUGAAUUUGUAAUACUAUUAUUUGUUUCCACGACUCACCGAGUCGCGGGGUGUUGACGUUGUUGUUUAAACUUGUGUUGGUACAAACCUGCCGAGCAAAGACUUGACUGCAAUAUAAAGCUUGUAAGGUUGUUAAUCUGAGUGACUGGCACAGGGAAGUUCUUUGAAUUGUUUAUGAUAUUUCUGUUCUGAAUUGUCGUUCAGAAACUUUGUAUUCCCUCAUUGGAUAGGGCUGUUUCUAAUUCCCUUUAAUUAAUAUGUAAGUAACAAUUCUUUUUUAAAACUUAGAUGUGUUCUCUACUGUUUGUGAUUAGUGACACAGCUCUGUUGACCAAUAUAAGCUGUGUAUCUUCAGGACUUUAUAUUUUGUGCUAUAAAUUAGAUAAACACAUCAACUUCUAUGGUAGGUGUCUAGAUUAUAAUUCAACAUACUUGAAUUGAAGUCCAUUAAUCUACUUGCUAUUAAAUUGUCUACAAAGUCUAAAUUAUCUUUCUCUCUCUACUUUUACCAUUAUCAUGUUCCCUCAGGCUGGAAAUAAUGUUUCAGUUUAGUCAGAGCAAUCAUUUGAAUUACUUGUGUGUCACCAAAAUUUUACACAACCGAUUAUUAAUUUUUACCACUAAAAUCCAAGGUUAAAGUCCAACCAUAGAGCAAAAAUAAAAUAGAUUGAUUUGAUCAGUUGUUAACAAAAUGUAGGUAGUUACAUUCCCUUUCAUACAAAAUUCUCUUGUAUCCCUUAAAGAGAAAGUUCUAUGAUUUUAGAUCAGAUCCCAGAGAGAGCACUUUUUACACUUUGGAUCUGUUGAAAGUGAUUCUGCAUCUCGAUCUGGUUAUAAUUUUAUCUUUCUAUUUGUUUUUGAAUAAUCAUAAAUGCGGGUAAAACUAUCUAUGAACAUAUCACUGACCAGUUUACCGAGCCAAAGCAUGUUAACAGAUUGCAGAAAGUGCUUCUCAAAGACACACAGUUAGGUUUUCAAAGAAAUCCAAUUUAACUACUAACCUGAGGAAAAUAAGACAUGAGUAGUUGUUAAUGCCACUUGCACUGUGACUUUGAAGUUUUAUGAAUAUUUCACCUUUUCUAAAAUAUGUAGGUAAGCUGCAAAGCCAUUUUGUUGAAAACUGUAAAAAUAAUUUUGCAAUUUGUUUUAAAUGCAGUUCUUUUUUUUUUCCCUCUAAGUAAGAAUACUCUAACAUUCUCUACUUUUUUUUGUGAAAAUAUUUGGAAGUUCCCCAAUCCUUUUUUAAGUUGCACAUAUGAUUGGCAGUGAGAACAUAAACUUUACAGGUGACACUCAACUCGCCUUGUUUGGGGUUUUUCAUCAAACUAUGCGUUAAUUCUCUGCCAGCCAUAAUGCAAGACUGCAGUUAAUUCAUGUCUCUAGUAUUUGACACCCUUCCAAUGAUUCAAAAUAAUAAUGCCUUUUAUCUUAACCUGUAUUGUUUAGAAAGCAAUCAAUGAAGACUUUAUUCUUGUGAUUUUUCUACAAGUACGUUAAUAUAAAUGUAUAUUUCUUAAUUGGAGCUGAGGUUGAAAAAAUACUUAGAUUUUUUUUCAACUCAAAUAAUCCAGGGAUAGCUGGAAAUUGAUGGCUAGUAUGACCAUAAACUCAACAAAACUGAGCAUUGCUUUAGCUGCUAUCUGAUAAAAAUUAAAACUACUGUAGGCUUGUGAGGACUUUGGUACUCACAGGAGGGAUACCAAAGGCGCCAUUAACAGCUCAUAUCUCAUUGCGAUGAAUCCUUUCCCCCAAAUAGCAUUUCCAGUUGAAAAGUCUACAAAGGGAGUGAUUUCGUAAUCAAGAAACAGAGACAAGGUGUAUGUGAAUCCAUCAUCUGAGUGAGGUAUCAACACCACAGUUGAAUUUGGAAAUCCGGUGUCGUCAAAUCAUUUGCAAAUUUCAAACAGAUGAUUGUUGAUUUUAUGCAGUACAAAAUCAAAUUUUAUGCAACCAAACAAAAUUUAAAACAAAACCUUCUCUACACCAUUGUAUAAAAAGAGAUCUUUGAUGUUAAAAUAUAAUGUUGAUACUAUGAGCCAAGAAGCAGCUUACGAGUUAUGUACAUAUAAAGCAAAGCUCCUGAUUGAUUUAUGUAUAUAUGUAGGAAACUCCUCAUGCUAUAAUUACUUCAUUUAAUUUAUAUUCUUUCAAGUUCAUGGGAGAAGAAAGGGACCCCUUCAACUAGUAAGGUUCUGAUGAUGAAAUGAUGAAAGCAUGGAAAUUCUACUAAUUGCGAUAAAAAUGAUUGUAUUAACCUUUUCUGAUCUAAUUACUAAGAGUAUGUUAUACAAAUUCACAAAGGAAUUUUUUCAAUGUAAAAAUUUAUAUCCUAUCACUUUUUUACUGGUGCAUGUAUUUUUAAAAACUUGGGUUAAAUUUUCAGGGGAAUUGGGGGGAAGAAAAUCUUUAUCCACAAGAUGUGGAGUAUAAAAUCUAUGAAGGAAUCACCAAGGAUGGUUCUAAUUGAUACUCGUGGCAUACAAAUAUUGAUCUUGUGUCAUGAAGCGUGCAAAUUGGUUCUAUUUGUUGUUAUGGUUCUUUCUCAUGUACAAAAGAACUGUAAAGAACUAACCCCAUGCAAAACUCUGAAUAAAAUACAUUGAAAGUAA